CGCAGGGCUGCUGAUACUCCUCUAGCUUCCUUUCGUUUUAAAACUAGAGAAGUUCGAUAGGCGGCUCUUCCAGCUAGCGGGAAGUAUACGGAAGAGAAGGGGGGAGCCGGCGAAAAGGCAGAGAAACGGGAGGGGAGCAUUUUCUCCUCCCCAUCUGCCUCCUCCCCUUUUUUUGGUUGUUGGUUAUAUUACCAUUGCUGCUAGUCAUGGUGACGGCGACAGCAUUUCCUUCUGCUGGCGAAUGAAGAAUAAAAGGAGAGGCUGUUAAGCAGGGCCGGAGUGUUUCUAUAGCUUGCUGGCUGAUCUAAAUGAUAGUCUGCUCUAUGGUUGGCUGUGCAUAUGAGCUUCGCGUACCUGUACAGAGGAGCCAGGCUGAGGAAAGCUCUCAGAAGCAGCCCUCUGCUAUAUGGGAAGAAGGACUCAGCCGUAGCGGUUUUAGCUCGGGGCAGCAGGCAAAGCAUUUUCUUCUAAUAUCCCACUCCGUCUGUCCAAGCCCUUCUCCCUACGAAGUGACCUCACUGUCUCUCAUACUUCGUUUGGCGUAGUAUGAAGAAGAAGGCUUGCAUAUAUCAAGAGAAAAAGAACCCCAAAGUGUUCGGGACUUCGUGUAAACCAAUAAAAUAGGUAACUGUACCUGACUUUUACCCCACAAGUGACAAUUGAUAAGCAGAGGGAGAUCUGAGAAAGACCCAGCAAGAGCUUAUUUAUAACUGCCGCCUGAGACUAAGUGGGGGAAGAUAGAUCUGAAAGUACAGGAUGGUUGUGGUUCUCUAUACUAGCUGCAGAGCAGCUCUCUUCCUGUGGAUUUUCAGCAACAUCAGUGGCAGAACCCAGACAGCCCUUGCCUCCUUUCAAAAAUGUGAAGAACCUCUGGUCUCCAGCUUAGCACCCUCCUUCUUCAGCAGUUCAUCAUCUCUGUCAUCUACAUCAAAUAGCUAUUCGCCAGGGUUUGCCAAACUAAACAAAAGAGGAGGUGCUGGAGGCUGGUGCCCAUCAGAAAGUAACCAUUACCAGUGGCUGCAAGUUGAUUUUGGCAAUAGGAAACAGAUCAGCUCAAUUGCUACUCAAGGCAGAUAUAGUAGCUCUGACUGGGUAACUCAGUACCGAAUGCUUUACAGUGAUACAGGGAGAAAUUGGAAGCCAUAUCACCAAGAUGGAAAUGUUUGGGCAUUUCCUGGGAAUGUAAAUUCUGACACUGUGGUACGACAUGAUUUACAGCAUCCAGUUAUUGCCCGCUACAUUCGGAUACUUCCUCUGGAAUGGAGUGGAGAGGGUCAAAUUGGUCUGAGGAUUGAGAUCUAUGGCUGUCCUUAUUGGGCUGAUGUUAUCAAUUUUGAUGGCCAUGCUGUAUUACCGUACAGAUUUGGACACAAGAAGAAAACACUGAAAACACUGAAAGAUGUCAUCGCUUUGAAAUUUAAAACCAUUGAAAGUGAAGGCGUACUCUUCCAUGGAGAAGGCCAGCAAGGAGAUUAUAUCACCCUAGAAUUGAAAAAGGCCAAACUGGUUCUUAACUUAAAUUUAGGUAGCAACCAGUAUGGUUCAAUCUAUGGACACACAUCUGUAACCACAGGUAGCCUUUUGGAUGAUCACCAUUGGCAUUCUGUUUUAAUAGAGCGUCAUGGGAGAAACAUCAAUCUCACCCUUGAUAGGCAUUUGCAGCAAUUUCGGAUCAAUGGGGAAUUUGACUACUUGGAUCUGGACUACGAGAUAACAUUUGGAGGUAUGCCUUUUUCUGGGAAGCCCAGUUCAAACAGCAGAAAGAAUUUCAAAGGCUGCAUGGAAAGCAUAAUCUACAAUACCAACAAUAUCACAGAUAUGGCCAGAAGAAAGAAGUUGGAACCUUCUACUGGGGGGAAUUUAAGCUUUUCCUGUGUGGAGCCUCAUACAGUGCCAGUAUUUUUCAAUGCUACUAGUUUCCUGGAAGUGCCUGGCCAUCCAAAUCGUGAAUUAUUCUCAGUCAGCUUUCAAUUUCGAACAUGGAAUCCAAAUGGAGUUUUGUUGUUCAGCAAUUUUGCUGAAGGAUUGGGUAGCAUACAGAUUGAUUUGACUGAGGGAAAAGUCAACGUCCGUAUCAAUGUUACUGGAGUGAAGAAGAAUAAAAUCAACAUAUCUUCAGGUGCAGGAUUCUGUGAUGGACAAUGGCAUGAAGUUCGAUUCUUAGCCAAAGAAAAUUUUGCAGUUCUCACCAUUGAUGGUGAUGAAUCUUCUUCUGUUCGGAGUAACAGUCCUCUGAAAGUUUUGACAGGAGAAAAAUAUCUGUUUGGAGGUUUUCUUCAGCGGUCAUUCCAGGGCUGCAUGCAGUUUAUUCAUGUGGAUGAUCAGUUGGUGGAUUUACAUGCAAUAGAGCAAAGAAAGUUGGGAAGUUUUGCCAAUAUCAGCAUUGAUAUGUGUGCCAUUAUUGAUCGGUGUGUGCCAAAUCACUGUGAGCAUGGAGGGAAGUGUACCCAAACAUGGGAUAGCUUCAGUUGCACCUGUGAUGGAACUGGAUACAGUGGAGCCACAUGCCAUAACUCUCUUUAUGAACUCUCCUGUGAAGCAUAUAAGCAUUUGGGCAAAACAACAGGUUCUUAUUGGAUAGAUCCAGAUGGCAGUGGUGCACUGGGACCUUUGAAAGUUUACUGUGAUAUGACAGAGGACAAAGUAUGGACUACUGUGAAUCAUGACUUACAAGAGCGUUUUUCAGUGGUGAGCAACAGACCAGAGAAGCAUGCUGUGCUACAGCUCAAUUACAGUGCCACCAUGGAUCAAAUCUCAGCCAUCACUGGUAGUGCCGAGUAUUGUGAACAGUUCAUCUCCUAUGUCUGUAAGCUGUCAAGGCUGCUGAACACCCCAGAUGGCAAUCCAUAUACCUGGUGGAUCGGGCGUGCCAAUGAAAAGCAGUACUAUUGGGGUGGCUCUGGACCAGGCAUUCAGAAAUGUGCCUGUGGCAUUGAACGUAACUGUACUGAUUCAAAAUACAAUUGUAACUGUGAUGCUGAUUUGAAACAAGAGAGAAAAGAUGCUGGUCUUUUAUCUUACAAGGACCAUUUACCUAUCAGUCAAGUGGUGGUUGGAGAUAUUGGUCGGCCAGGCUCUGAUGCCAAGUUAACUGUGGGCGCUCUGCGUUGCCAUGGAGACCAGAAUUACUGGAAUGCUGCAUCAUUUGUUACUCGAUCUUCAUAUCUCCACUUCUCCACCUUUCAAGGAGAGACUAGUGCUGACAUUUCAUUCUACUUCAAAACAUCAGCCCCUGAUGGAGUCUUCCUUGAGAAUCGGGGGAAUUCAGAUUUCAUCAAACUUGAGUUAAAAUCUGCCACAGAUGUAUCUUUUUCAUUUAAUGUUGGAAAUGGCCCAGUAGAAAUUAUUGUCAAGUCACCCCAUCCGCUCAUUGACGAUCAGUGGCAUCGAGUGAUUGCAGAGCGCAAUGUCAAAGAAGCCAGCCUGCAAGUAGAUCAAUUCCCUAGAGAGAUCCGGAAGGCUCCCACGGAAGGUCACACUCGACUAGAACUCUAUAGUCAGCUCUAUGUUGGUGCUGCAGGUGAACAGAAAGGAUUUUUGGGUUGCAUUCGCUCUUUAAGAAUGAAUGGAUUGACUCUGGAUUUAGAAGAGAGAGCAAAAGUUACCCCAGGUGUGAAACCUGGUUGUUCUGGCCAUUGCACGAGCUAUGGAAUACAUUGCAAAAAUGGUGGCAAAUGUGUUGAAAAAUAUAAUGGAUAUUCAUGUGACUGCUCCAAAACAGCUUAUGAUGGUCCUUUCUGCAGUAAAGAUGUUGGAGCCUUUUUUGAAGAAGGAAUGUGGCUCCGGUAUAAUUUUUCAUCUGUAGGAAAUAAUGUGAAGGAUUCAGGAAGCAGAACUCUCUUGAGCUCCAAAGAAUCAGAGAACUUUGUAUCAGACCUCAAUCUCAAUAAAGAAGAAAUCAGUUUUAGCUUCAGCACUAGCAAAGCUCCUUGUAUCCUCCUGUACAUCAGUUCUUAUUCUCAAGACUACAUGGCAGUGUUAGUGAAUCCGGCUGGAAACUUACAGAUUCGAUACAAACUUGGAGGUGCUAAAGAACCAUACAACAUCAAUGUAGAUCACAGGAAUGUGUCAAAUGGACAGCCACACAGUGUGAAUAUCACACGGGUAGGAAAAGACAUAGUUCUCCAGCUGGACCUUUAUCCCCCAGUAAGCUACACUAUACCAGGAUCAUCAAGCCUUCAGUUCAGCUCACUGAAGUCACUCUUUCUAGGAAAAGUAAUAGAACUCGGAAAGAUUGAUCAAGACAUCCAUAAAUAUAACACACCAGGAUUUUCGGGUUGCUUGUCACGUGUGCAGUUCAACCAGAUUACUCCACUCAAGGCAGCCUUGAGACAGACCAAUAUCUCCUCUCACAUUUACACAGAAGGAGAACUUGUGGAAUCCAAUUGCGGAGCAAAUCCACAAACCAUCCAACCAAUGUCUUCUGCAACAGACCCUUGGCAUCCAGAUUCAGGUGCUGAUCUUCCUUACAAUGGUCAAGUAAUAGGAAGUGGUGUUAACAGAAAUUCAGCAAUUAUUGGAGGUAUUAUUGCUGUUGUGAUCUUCACCAUUCUCUGCACCCUGGUGUUCCUCAUUCGAUACAUGUUCCGCCACAAGGGAACCUACCAUACCAAUGAAGCCAAGGGGGCAGAAUCUGCUGAGAGUGCAGAUGCCGCUAUUAUGAACAAUGAUCCCAAUUUUACAGAAACCAUUGAUGAGAGCAAAAAAGAGUGGCUUAUCUAAAAUGAAAUGGGAGGAGGAAACAGCAGGGGUUGGGGUGGGGUUGCAGAAUAUUUUUUUUCAACAAGCUCUCUAAUGGAUUCUUGAGCACUUCUAAUUUUAAAAAGAAGAAGAUCAGCACAACUCAAGGUGCAAGUGACAGACAAACAUUGAGACUGCAAGCCCAAACAAAUAGAAAAGAAUAUUGGUUUAUCAUGAAUUGCCCUUUUUAUACACAUCUAAUCCACGAAAAUAAUCCAAACAGUUCAGUAAUUUAAGCAGUUCAUCAUUGCCAGUAAAUACUGUUGUCUAUCUGUGCUUAGAGGUGUUUAAAAAUACUUAUCACUACAGGGAUCAUUUUUCUUUUUUUUAAAACCCUUUUAGAAUAUUUCUCUCCAGACAAUAAGAUAUCUGUUUCUGAAGCCUAUGAGCAUUCUUGUCUAGCCUUUUAGCAUCAUGUUCUAAAAAGGAUGUGAUAAUAGUUGAAACAUACAUUGUCAUUUGAUUUGAUUUGAAGAUUAAAGGUAUCAGACUGCAGGGUACUUUCAAAUGGCUUUAUAGUCACUUACCCUCUCUGGAAAAUUCUCAGAAUUCUCUGUAAUUGUUUGAAAAAGCCAGGAAUCCCAAGUGUAUCUUCUUUUAUUGGUGUAAACAUGUCAGUCACUUUUCUUAUCUGAAAUCACGUACAAAAUGUCCAUAAUCAGCAUUGCUCCAAUUUCUGAGAAUGAGAAUAUUGGGGUUUCACAGAAAGCUUUUGUCCCACAGAAUAUUCAACAUUGCUGAAUUACAAAUUUCACAGGAAAUAGCACAUUUCAGCGGCAGUCAAUUUGUGGGGAGCGUUCACCGAAUUAUUCUCUUUAUGAGAAACCAUAACUAUGAAACUAUCUUAAAAAUCUACUUAUAAUAAAUGGCCCCUGAAAAAGCAAGAACUCGGGCUUUAAGACAUGCCUGGAUAAAAUCAGAUUUCUAUGUUUUUAAUAGGCCAUUAAUCUGUUAGCACUUUGAAAUCUCCAUCUGAUUUGGGUAUAUAAUAAUAUUGUGAAGUUGUUAUCAAUAAUACAGACAUGCUGUUGUUUUCAUUCUUGUAGUCAAAAAGGCACACUUUAAUGCACAAAAAACCUUAUUAAUUUUCUUGGUGAAACUCUGUUACAACUCUUCUGACCUGACACCACCAUAUGACAUUUCUUCCACUUGUGACAUAACUGUUUCAUAUAUUUACAUAGAUACAUACUAGGAAAUUAGAACCAAACUUAUAUGUUCAUUGAAAAUGGUUCUCAUAAAUUCACAUUAUAGGCAUAUUGCUAUUUAGCAAACAAAUUUAAUACACAAAUAUGAUUUUUCUUCUUCUUUAAAUCUUCAUAAAUCCUGGUUUGAAAUAGAUUUUUGAAAGAGUUUCCCUUUAGUGGAAAAGCAAAAAUGAAAAGACUGAAUAAUCCUAUCACCCAGAGCUCAGAAUUAUACAUUCCAAAGCAUUUUCUUAUAAGCAGGUUUGCUGAAUCUGUUAUUCAGGGUUAAGAGUCACAUUGCUGAAUUAAAAUGCACAUAUCUAUGAAAGAGAAGGCUCUGGAAUCAAUUCACACAAGUCACAUGCAUCUAUGUUUUAGCAGAUAUAGUUAUGUGAAAAAGUUGACCCAGAUCUAAUAUUGUGGCAUGAGCUUUCUUAUGAAUUGAAUGUACACUGGGCCAUUUUGGAUUAUCAAAUUAUGACAAGGGAGAUUAUUUCCAUACACCAAAUGUUAAUCCAUUUCUAAUUGGUUUAAUCAGCAAAAUGUAACUGUUGAUACAGAAUUGUAAUUUUCCAAAAGCAAGUUCACUGAACUACAAUUUUCUGGUUUCUUGGAGGAGUUUCAUAGGGGUUAAAUGGGUAUGAAUCUGAUUCAAUGUGGUGGGGUGUUUUUUUUUUAUGUCCAUUGUUGAUCAAGAAGGUUCUUCGCUGAGACUUUUUGAAGUCUUUAUCAUAUGUGAGGGGUUAUUGCUUUGUUAUAUUAACUUUUUAUCAAGUAUUCCUCUUCAACAAAAGAAGAUUAAUGAAGUAAUUGCAGUGUGUUAUAAUAACGAUCAAAUUGUAAUGUCACCGCAUCAAUACAAAAUACUUUCAAAUAUACAGUCACAGUAAUAAAACUUCAUACAAGACAUACAGCAUAAAAAGAAGAGGUUUAGGGCCAAUGGUGAUGAUGAUAAUAGCAAUGAUGAUAUUUUUAUUUUUUAUUUAUAUCUUGCCUUUUAUUAUUUUUACAAAUAAUUCAAGGCAAUGAACAUAUCCAGUGCAUCUUCCUCCUUCCAUUUUGCCAAUCACAACAAUAACCCCUGAGGUGACUUGGGCUGAAAGAGAAUGACUGGCCCAAGUUCACUCAGCUGGUUUUCAUAGUUAGGGCAGGACUUGAACUCACAGUCUCUUGCUUUCUAGCUUGGUGCCUUAACCCCUAAACCAAACUGGCUCCUAAUUAUACAGUCAUAAUUGCAUAGUGAAUACACCAGAUGGAGAUCAGUUUGCCUAGAACCCUUUAUGGAGGAAUAGCAACAUCUGGAAGGCAAUUUUCAGCAGCUGUAACAAAAUUACCAAAAGUCAGCUUAUGGUAAUUGGUGUUCAACAGCAAACAUUCACAUGCCUGAACUAGAGUAAACAUGCUAAAUUCCACAUUGCUGCUAUUUCUAAAUUCUUAGUCAAUUUUAGUAUGUUAUAGUGAAGUGAAAGGAGAAUUAUUGUUCUGGUGAUGUGUCCAACUUUUCCUAUCUGUGGUUUAGUCUAAUAAGUUUGUAGUCCUUGACUUACAAUCACAACUGGACCCAACAUUUUUGUUUCUAAGUGAAACAUUUGUUAAGUGAAUGUUGUCCCAUUUUACGACCUUUUAAGCCACAGUUGUUAAGUGAAUCACUGAUGUUAAAUUAAUAUCCCGGUUGUUAAGUGAAACUGGCUUCUUCAUUGACUUUGCUUGUCAGAGAAUCGCAAAAUGUGAUCACAUGAUCCUGGGACACAGCAAAUGUCAUAAAUAUGAACCAGAUGCCAAACAUCUGAAUUUUUAUCACAUGACCAUAAGGAUUCUGCAAAGGUUGUAACUGUGAAAACUGGCCAUAAUUCACUUUUUUCACUGCCUUUGUAACUUUGAACUUCAAAUGAAAUGUUGUAAGUCAAGGACUACCUGUACAUGUUUAGUUCCCGGAGAAGCAAGUAUCCAAAUUAUGUAGUUAGAUCCAACACAUCUCUACCACCAAAAUUUACAAAUAGCAUUAGCAUAUUCAGUUUUUCAUUAUUCACCAUAGAUGGUAUUUCCAUAGAGCUUCUAACUCUGAGGUAAAAGUUGUCCACAAAUAAGUAUUAUAAAUUGACUGUUGCAUUUCUAAGUUAUCAAAAAGCAUUUUGAUGAACAUCAAGAACUAAUAGAAUGUUACACGUGGCAUUGAAAAAUCUAAAAUGUAAUGUUAUAUCUUGAAGUUCACUGAGUAACUUUGGGUUUAGGACAAAAAAUUAUAGCUGGUACCAUAUUACAAUGUAACACUGGGUCGAAGAGAUUCUAAUGAUGUCUCUGAGGGAUGGCAUCAUUUCUGAUAUACUUGAGUUGCUAUGUUUUGCCAUUGCAUAUGGCUGAUGCUGGUAGCUACAGAGAAUUACCAUCCACUGAUAUUCUUGCUUACUCACUGACACAUUACCUCCUUUUACAAUAUGAUGUUGUACAACCCACUUAUAUGAUCAGUUAAGACACACAUGUGUCUUCUGCACAAAGUUGCUUAUUUGUCUUUAGAAAUUCCAACUGCUUCUUGCAUAGUUAUAACACAUUUAGGUGACUAAUUUUGUUUUGUUUUGUUCAAGUAGGCACAGAGAAUAGUAGAUUGAAACAAAUUGCUCCAUUUCUAUAAAGCUGUGAAUAGGAACUGACCCAGCUCUCUGAUGGCUUUUCUAUUCCUCAUUUUAAUUCUGAAUAUCAAAAAGUACAGCUAUAAUUUUAUAAUUAUAAUUAGACAUGUAUGUGCCUGCUUCACAUACUUGAAAGAGCACAUCUAUCUAUGUCCCCAACAUUACCAAACUGGACUAAUUCACAAUAAUCCAUUUUUAUGUACAUUUUUUAAAAUUUACACUAACAUUACAGAGUGAGAGAAAAAAUUAUAUUUGUGAUAGCAAAAUAUGUUUGAUAACAUCCAUGUAUCACCUAUGAAAACCUGGUAAAAGCCAGGAAUGAUCACAGUGAUAUUCCCCUUUGAGAUACAAGAUGAGAUAUGAUUCUCAUCUCUUAAGUAAUUUGGAGUAGAGUCGGGGCAACUGGAUGGACCUGAGCGCUUACUGGCUGGAUGCCCUUCCUGAUGCUACGUGGAGUUUGCAGCAGAUAUUUUUUCCUUUGCGCCUGGGGAGAGAGAAAUAUCUGCCACUAUCUAGAAUUGAACCUCAACCCUUCCAAAUGGGAGGCAAUUAGCAUCACCGCUAGGCCACUACGCCCCUGUGACCAUAGUGAUACCUAUUAACACAUAUCUACUGAAGACACAUGGCUGGACUACUGACUUCAGUGGAACAGGAACAAAAAAAGAUUGAGUCAAAAAAUAAAUUAAGAUACAUGUCCAUAGCACUGUGGGAGUUAUUGCAAUUAGAGCAAUAAAUGAUUUCUGCAAAUUAUGUCUUUAAAAAAGUAUGGACUGUCCCAGCCUCAUCCUAGUAGUUAGUCAUAGUAGUUUUCUUCCUCUACUUUUUACUUUUUAUUUACUUUUUAUUAUAAACUGUUUUAUGGCACUGGCUCACUAUAAAUAUUGCUGGGAAACUAGUUCUGCAUUAGAGAUUAGGAGGAUACAAUUAGAAAAAAUGAAAUCACCUAGAAUUAAAUCUGUCAAGUUGAUAAAUAGGAAAUGAAUGUAAUGAGGGCAACUGAAGCAAAUAUAACAGAGCAAUGCACAUUAUAAUUCUGUUUAAAGUAUAGUAAUUACUCCUAAACUUCCAUCUACGCUUGUAAUUUCGCAUGUGUACAUUUUGUGAAUAUUUUAGAUUUUGGGCAAGGGGGAGGGGAAGGAUUCCUAAAUGACUGUUCUUUUGUAACAUCACAAACCUCUGAGUUUCUUAAGGGAAGGAAUGCCUUUUAAAUCAGUUGUAACACUUCUACCUCCUCUUUGAAGAAAAAGAAAAGAGGGGGAAAAAUAGGCAAUUAGGCCUAAAAGGGGGGGGGAAAGGUACUAAGAGUGAUAAUCACAUAGACAAUGAUUUGUUUCUCUGUAAAACUUGGUAAGAUCAGGAAUCAGAGAUAUAUUUAUAAUGAUGAUUUUAUGUAAUCAAUCACUUCUUUAAAAUGACUAUGGAAAUGGGGGAGAAAUGCACUCUACUAUAUUAACAUCAUGUCCUAACUUGGCAAAGUCACGAUGUUCUGGCAAAUGGGCUUUUAUGGCCAUUGAUCUUUUCAUAUCAGGUGGUAUGCAUGUAUCAUGAGUGCCUGAUGCUAAAUCUCAGAACCCACUUUGCGUUCAUCUUCUGAGAAGAUGAGUACAGUCAGACACUAUCUGUUCACUUGAAAGUUCAAGAUUAACAUGCUAAUAUGUCAUUUAUUGUCAAAAAAAAGUGAAAGACAGAAUGAGAGGACUUUGGACAGCUGAAUGAAGAAGAACACUAGGUGACAAUGGGUAGGUCACUACAAAAAUCACCCAGACCUGCUGGAGCACCAAAUAAGAUAAUCCCUAGACACAUAUUCCAAACUCUCACAAAUUGCAGAUGGAAUGUGAGCAUAAAUCGGGAUUCAUUUUAUUUUUUGUAAAUAGCAUAUCUAAUAUUCCUUCCUGCUCCUCUUUUCUCCUCAACAGCAACCCUUAGAGGUGGGUUGGGCUGAGAGAGAGUGACUGGUGCAAGAUCACCCAGCCAUCUUUCAUGCCUAAGGCAGGAGUAGAACUCACAGUCUCCCUGUUUCUAGACUGCAGCUUUAAUCAUUAGAUUAAACUGGUGUUUCAUUUAUUGAGAAAUGAGAAAAAAGUUUUAGAUGUUGAGUUUCUUCAAGUGUAAAACUUAGUGAAAAAUGGUCAACUCCUGCUGAAUGUUUUAUGCAAAAAAAACAACAAAAAAAACAACAACCCAACUUUCCAGGAAAGGUAAUAAUGCAUGCCAAACCACUUCACUUCAUUCAAAAGUACACUGCAACUUUACUAGUUUUUUGGUAAUGAAAAUAAUCAGGGCAAAGUGUUGGUAAAGAAGGAAGACUGCAAAUAUGCUGGCUUCCGUUUUAUUGCUAAAUGUAUAGAUAUUUUUAUGGAAAUGUUUAUAAGUGUCCUUUGCAUUGUCCUGUUCUAGCUUCUUAUUUUGCACAGUGACUAAUCAUAGUUAUUUAGAAGUACAGAAUAACUGCAAUUGUAGACCAGAACAUCAAUUCUAGGCUACAAGGGAAAUAUUUCUUAUGAGAAGGCAGGCUUGCUCACGCACCAGCAAUUUGCAUGUUCUGAAUUUUUCUUUAAUCUCAGCCUUUCCUUUUUUAAGUUAGUGCUUGCCCCUCAAACUCAGACUACCUUUCUGAGGAAUCCAGAAAUAAGAUAAGCCCUAUGUCUAGUGCAGAGGUAAUGUCCAGUGGUGGGUUGCUACCAUUUCGCCCUGGAUGGGGUGAACCAGUAGCGGCGGGAGGCUCCACCCACCCGCCCGGAUGCUUCUGCGCAGAAGCAUCGCAUGAGCACAUGCCCACAAGUAAACCGGUAGCAACAGGUUUUGAAACCCGCCCCUGGUAAUGCACAUUCCAGGAUUCAGGUAUAGUAGAUUCAUUAUAAAAGCCUUCUCAGGCAUUCAUUCUAUACAUAUGCAUAAUAAAAGUGGUUCCUUUCAAUAAUGAACUAGGAUUUUGUGAGGCUAAGGUGCUUUUAAUCCUUGCUUAGUAACACUAAAUAUUUGUGUGGGAUGGGUUAAAAUGUACUCUAUACUUGAAAUAAGUAUUUUUCUCAAUGAGUUUUCAUGCAGCAAAAGCUUUCCAUUUCAGUAGCCUUUUUUUCCUGCCAUCUUUUAGCCUUUUGCUUUUCUCUUUUGUCCAGUAUUUACAGAACAAUGGUGGGAUUUUUAGAAUUCUUGUCAUCUGCUAGUUAUAACAUGGACUAUAUAUUAAUAAAACAAUAAUAUGUUGAAGUAGAUCUGGAUCAGUUGUGCCUGGAGUCUCUUAAUUCUGAUGAAUAUAGAAUGAUAGGCACAUUUAACACAUUAGCUUACUUUUCCAAAAAUGUUUGAGAUUCAAUUGUUUUUUCAAUGAUACUGCCAUGAAGAACUGAUACAGAAUUUUUAAAAAUUAACUCAAGAUCUGACAGAUUUUUCUUUAAAAAUCCCACAUUUUCAGCAUUCUUCAAUAAAAGAUCUAAUUGGUUUAUUUCUUUUCUUUAAGGGAAUAAAUUCACAUUUAUGCCCUCUUUAUCUAUCAGAAAGUUUCUCUACCAGAAAUGGAAACAGAAUGUGGCCUCUUCAUACAACUAGAUUUAAGAAUAUUAGAUAUCUUGGAUUCCUCCAGUUCUAGGCAUGUCUUCCUAUCAAAUGUUUGUUCUGUUAUUCUAUAAUAAUCAUGCCUACUUCAGUACAGAAGAAUGAUAAAAACUAUCUCUUUUAGGGGAAUGGUUUGUAAAUUUACAAAGAGUGUAACUCUGUAAGGCCUUAUCUUGGUAUAUGUAAAAAGUACAUUAAAGGAGCCUUGUCAGAUUGAGUA